AUGAAGUUGUUAGCAUCAUUACUAGUUUUUUCACCAACAGUAACUUGUUACUACGGUUACGGACAGAGAAAUGAUGCGGUCUGUGAUAGGUCGAAGAGUGGAAAAAGAUGUCUUGCUUGGGAUUCAAGCCGAAGAUAUCCGCAACAGUGUAAUGGAAGAUAUGCUGCUGGAGGCUGCGCAAAUCCAGAUCAUGAUUCGAAUGGUCCUUGGUGCUAUACAAGUUAUGCAAAUACCGGAGAUUACUGGGAGUACUGUGAUCCUACAUGUGCGAACCAUGAUCUUUGUGGCAAUAAACCUCCACCACUUCCUCCAACUUUUGAUGACAAAUGCUCUCAAACAAAUUCUGGGGCUCAAUGCAGAAAUUGGAAAAAAUCAGUGAAUAUGUCACGAAAAAGAUCGACUCAAAGAUGGAUGCGAAAUCAGGAUAAUAAUAACUGUGCUAAUCCGGACAACGAUCCAAAGGGAGAUUGGUGCUUUAUUGAUGCUCCGAGAGGAUCGCCAAACUAUGACUAUUGUCCGAAAAAUUGUGGAUCAACAACACCACCACCAAGACCUCCGGUAACAGGCCGCCCGCUGAAAUGUUCGCCACUGAACGAAGGUGCGUUUAAAUUCAGAGAUGGCAACGGUGUUGCGAGAAAACCAACAGUUUGGCAAGUCCCCGACCAAAUUCCAAGCAAUUCACUUGGUCCAAAUGAAAUUCCACAGAAAAUUCUUGAUGGAAAAACUGCAAUGAAGGGGCAGACUCCUUGGCAAGUGCAGCUGGUUGGACCAUUUCUUUGCGGAGGAACAAUAACAGCCCCUAGAAUUGUCAUCACAGCAAACCACUGUGUCGAUAAUGCCAUGAAUCCUGGAAGAUGGUCGGUUCAAGCCGGGCAUAUUGAAAAAUCAAAUUCUUGGUCACUACCCGAUGAAGCCCAACGAAAGCGAGUCAUUAAAAUCGAGACGACUGGAAAAUUCAAUAGUCCCCGUCAACUCAACAAUGACAUCUCUAUCAUGGUCACCGAUACAGCUUUCCAAUUCAACGACUACGUCAAACCUGCUUGCUUGCCUCCUAAGAAUUUCAAGCCAGUAGGAGGGGACUGCAUCAUCUCCGGCUGGGGUCAUACGUCUUCAGGCGGAAAGGCGUCUGAUCGACUUCUUUGGACGCUUAUUCCACUUUUUGACCGAAGUGUUUGCAGCAGAAAACUAGGCUCCCGGCUUACCGAUAAUAUGAUCUGCGGCGGAGGAGCUGGUCCAGAUACUUGCCAGGGCGAUAGUGGUGGACCUCUCGUUUGCGCCCUGAGACAUUCAAGCGGGGCAAAUCAGUAUAUUCUUGUUGGGGUUACUUCGUGGGGAUAUGGCUGUGGAGAGACUCCAGGAGUCUACUGCGAAGUUGCAGAUCAUGUUGACUGGAUAAAUCGAAUUACUGCUCAGUUUCCUUAA